AUGCGUGCCUACUAUCGCAACCCAAGUAACAACUCGUCGGACUUGCUUCAGCCGCAGGAUUCUGGUCGCCCAGUCUCGGAAGAGAGGCUGCGUGCGCUGGGAUUCAAGUUCUACAACGUCGAAGGAAAGACCGAAGACGAAACCUUGGAAUCGUUCAGACAGCUGGCCAAGAACAUCGGCUUUGACGGCGAUGAAAUCAGGUUUGAUUUCAGGAAGCCAACGAUUUCUGGGAUUCCAGGACUACCUGAGAUGACAUCAAAAGAUAUGUUGGAAUACUUUACGACAGGAUCGUUGUUUUUGUUUGAUGGUGUGGCGUUUUACAAAACAUGGAACGGGUUUUUCGACUUUAAAGAGCCCGAGACAGGAGAAUACGUCCGGAUGGUGUUUAAGGAAUCAGAGGUUUUGGCGUUCCCCAAGGGAGUGCUAUUCGAAGUUCAUGCCAGUUUGGAGAAUGCGGUAUAUGUCAAGUUCAAGACGCCUUCUCCGUUGGAUGGAGGAUUGUAUGUCAAAGGGGAAGAUCUGGAAAAUCAGCCAGUGAGAAAGGAGUAUUUGAAUAGCAUCAGUACGGUUGCUUGA